GUAGUUGUGGCUAUGUAAAUAAAGGACAACUAGGUUAUCUUCGACAUAAGCUAUGUGCAGUGGCGUAACGAUCUAAACUCGCGUGGAAACUCCCCUUUUUUCCUUUUUAUUUACGAAUUAACAUUUAUUAUAGUACAUUGGUACUAAAUUAAAAAUAUAUUUUUUAGAAAUCAAUUAUAAAAAAAAAAUCAGCAAUUUUUUGUUUUGCGGACCAUUUGGCGCCCCUUUGUGAAUAGCGCCCGGGGCAUGAUCCCCCCUUGCCCCCCCUCGCUACGCCACUGGCUAUCUCUAUAAACCAAAUCACUAAAAUAUAUUCAUAUGUAUUAAUAUUCACUAGAAUAUUAUUAAUUACGCAGUAAAUAAUGAUUGUCGAGUUAACGUACUCCGUUGUUCCUUAUCAUUUCCAAUUAUAAACAACAUUCAGUUAAUAAAUCUGUAGCUUGGCACUUGUGUUGCCAAAUUAACUGUUACAAAAUAUAUUUUAAUUGGAACUAUACUUGUACUGUAACUAUACUUGAGGCCUUAGAACUUGUAUCUCAAGGUGGGAGGCGCAUUUACGUUGUGGAUGUCUAUGGGCUCCAGUAACCACUUAACACCAGGUGGGCUGUGAGCUCGUCCACCUAUCUAAGCAAUAAAAAAAAAAGUUUUUAAAUGGAGCGUUACAAGUGUGAGCCCUCGACGAUCGAGUUUGAUCCUAUGUGCGAUAAGGAGAAUCCUCAGAGAAUAUCCUUCGAAGAUGUCUCUGCAGCAGCUUUCAGAAUACAAAGUGAGAUAAUUAAAACGCCGUGCGUGAAAUCUCACAUGUCCUCCAUAUUCGGGAUGGAUAUCUAUCUGAAAAAUGACUUUCUGCAGCACACAGGAAGUUUCAAAGAACGUGGAGCGCGCAACGCCCUAAUCCUACUUCCUGAGGAGGCUAAAACUCGGGGCGUCAUCUCGGCCUCACUCGGGAAUCACUCGCAGGCCCUAAGCUACCACGCGCAUAAACUGAAUAUACCCACCACUGUGGUUAUGCCCAAUGUCGCUCCAAUUAUGAAAAUCCAGAAAUGUCAGUCUUAUGGUGCAAACGUCAUCGUUCACGGACACGACAUGAAGGAGGCCAAGUAUCACGCUAUGUCCUUGGCUAAGGAAAAGAACCUUACUUAUAUCAAUGGGUAUGACCACCCUCAUAUAAUGGCCGGUCAGGGUACCGUUGGCCUCGAGAUCCUCGAACAGGUACCAGACGUAGACGCGGUGCUGGUACCAGUCGGUGGAGGUGGACUGUUGGCGGGUGUCGCUACAGCCAUAAAACACCUGAAAUCACGAGUAUUGAUUUAUGGUGUAGAAACCGAGAAAUGUCCUAGCAUGAAGGAAGCCAUGAGUCAUGAGGAACCAGUGAGUGUUGACAUCAAGUCGACCCUGGCCGACGGUCUUGCAGUACCUACAGUCGGCUAUAAUGCUUUUCGAACAAUCAAAUCAAUAGUCGACAAAAUGAUAACGGUUAACGAAGAUUGGUUGGCGCGCGCCAUACUACGGCUGGUUGAACAAGAGAAAUACGUGGUGGAAGGCGGAGGAGCUGUAGGCGUGGCUGCUAUCAUAGCUGGACUUGUACCCGAGCUGUGUGGAAAGAAAGUUGUAUGCAUCCUAUCCGGGGGCAACAUAGAUACGACAAUCCUGGGACGGUGUUUAGAGCGAGGUCUGGCGGCGGAGAAGCGUCUGGUCAAGUUCAAAGUGACAGUCAGUGAUAGACCUGGUGGUAUUGCUGAACUGUGCAAAUUGAUAUCAUCCAUCGGAGUAUCAAUAAAGGACAUCAUGCAGGAGAGAGCUUGGGUGCAGGGAGACAUCUUUAGCGUCCGAGUAAAAGUAGUCUGCGAGACUCGUGGUCCGGAACACAUGGACGAGCUACGCAAUAAGAUAUCGAACUCCUACCGCGAGUGGGACUUCGCCGGAGAAUUCGUUGGGCGCAGAGGAAGCGUAGAUUCAUUGCUCGAUGAUAUAUCACAUUGAAUGUAAUAAAGCACAACAAUUAUACUUUUAUAUUCCAUAAAACAAUAAAACAUAACUGUUAUAACACUGCUAUAUCCAAUAAAAUGAUAAAAAACGACUAUUACACGGAUAAA